CAUGUGAUCAUCACUCAAUGAGAUUUUAUUUCUGUGCGCCUUUUGUAUUUAGCAACAUUGACAUCAUUUUUCAAAAUCUUUGGCUGACAAAUUUAUCGUUUGAAAAAAACUAGAAAAAAUGGACACACCUGCUAUAUCACGCUCCGGAAGGGUGUUGAAAAAAAGUACUAAACUUUUAGAUAUGGAAACCGAAGUGAUUGGUAAAAGUCCUAGACAAAGUGGAUCCAAACCAGGAAAAAUAUCAAUUAUUGGUAAUGAUUCAAAUACGACAUUACCAGAAGAAAAUAUCAUUGGAACAGCUCCACCAACUAAUAUAAGGCUGAAAUUAAAUUUAUCUAAUCAUAGUGAACAGCUACCACAACCUCCAAAAAUUACCAUUGUUAGUGAACCGAUUCCAAGGCCCAAUAAUCCAUCUAUCAUCUCCACCACUCCUAUUCAGAUCAGACCAAAUGUUAUGCCCGUUGUAAAAUCAUCACCAACAAUUGGAUCAUUAAUUUUCAGAGUUAAUAAUGAUUCAAUAAAACGUUCUAAUGAAGAUGAUAUUCCUACAGGCGAUGUCAAACGAAUUAAGCCCAACGAACCGACAACAGAACAGACAAAAUCUUCUAUUCAUCACAACCAAUCUCCUGUUGUAAGAAUCAUAGCCAAUCCACGCUUACCACCGCAACAACAGCAGCAGCCAUUUAAAAGUACACUUUCGCCAAUAACUGAUAAAACAACGAUGAAUCAAGAAUUUGUUCAUAAAUCAUUUGCAUCUUCUACACCGAAGAUAAAUACGAUCAUUGCAUCUAGACAAAUUCUACCUAGAUCCAUACAGGAACAACGACGAAUUAAUCAGGCUAAUCGUGCACGACUUCAAAUGCAACAACAACAACAACUUAAGGAUGAAUUUCGACAAAAACAAUUAGAUUUGAUUAAUAACAAACAACAAUCGGAUAUUAUUACGAGUAAUAAUAACGAAGAGAUUGUCAAAGUACCAAAGAGACCAGCAAUAUCAGCUUAUGUACUUUGGUGUAAAGAGAAUCGAAGUCAUAUUCAAUCCAAUUAUCCGGAAUUAGAUUUUUGUAAUUUAUCGAAAAAAAUGGGCGGCAUUUGGCAUACGUUACCAAAAACGGAAAAAGAUAAAUGGACACGAAAAGCACAAUUAAUGACUAAAUAUGGUACUGGAUUUAAUAUGGGUGCUAUUUAUGAUUAUGAUGAUGAAGACCUAAAACCCGAAAUCGUUCUUGGUAGUCUUACAUUGCCUAUCACAAAAACAUUGGAUAAAACGUAUGGUGAAAAUUUCAUCAAUACAGAAACAUCAUCAAUCGAAGGCGAAAAACAUCAUAUCGGUACUGAAUUGAUUGAUGCUCAAGCAUAUCUUAGUAUACUUGGUGAUUCUUUGAUGACAAUCAGUAGUUAUAUUCAACGUGGUAUUAAAUAUAAUAGUGAAAUUCGUUAUUGUCCAAUGGCAUCAAUUUCAACACUUCUUGAUACCGCAUUGGUUUCCAUGAGCACAUUGGCUUCAGUUACAUUAUCAUUGCCAAACAUUUCGGUCGAUCGUAAGAUGGCUAAAAAAACCAUUGAAAAUGCUACAUAUUUUAUGCCACCAUCUGAAUUUUGAAAUAUUUUUGACAAAUAAAACAAUUUCUUUAAAUCCUAA